AUGAGAACUCUAUAAAUAUGCAAUCCAAAUACAUCAAUACGAAAUCUUGAUAGCUUAAAAUAAAGUAAAACUUUUACAAAUUACACUACAAAUUCUGAAACUAUAGAAGAAUUUUAAAACAGGCAAAGAGAUUAUGAUAAAUUAUAGAAAUAUCCCUAUCAUACUAAAUAAACCCCUAAAACUCUUAAGAAAUACCAAUUUUCUAGUGCUGUUAAUGAAAUUAAAGAGCAGUUUUUUCAAACAAGGGCAGAUUAAAAAUAUGAUUUCCUUUUCAAAGAUCAUAGAGUAGAACAAUAAAAAAGAUCAAUUCAAACAAUAGCUGAUAUUUUUAGGAAGUAGAAAAAGGUUGUAUAGGAUAAAAAAGUUACAUCAGAACAAAAAAAGACUUAAUUCAACCUUUUAUUAAUCUUAAUGAUAAUUCUUCCAAUUUUAUGUAUAUUAACUGUUUUGGUUGAAUUAGAAUGA